GGGGUAACAUUACGCAAGGGACUUCUUUCUCAAUCCCUUGAUUCCAAACCGCAAGAUUUCUAAGUAAUACUUGAAAUCAUACUGAUAGAGGUAAUGACCCUGCAUAUAACUGCGUGAUUCAAUCCUAAGACUCAUCUCGAAAACCGAGUAGAUGAAUCUGCUACUGCCACUAAACUCACCUAUCAAGAAAUAACAUCGGAGCAAAACUUCACGUAUCUGCGCAAAAUAAAGAUCAAUAUCCUCUGUCUACAGGAUUCGUACCUAUCUCUUUUACAAGUAUUUCAAAACACCCAAAGUCAUGGCUCAAUCUGAGAUUAAAUUCUAUUGGGCACCUGGCGCUUGCUCUCUAUGCCCUCAUGUUCUUCUGUUCGAAACCGGAGUCUCUUUUAAAUCAAUUGCCAACUUAAUCACAAAAGAAACGGUGGAAUUUACUGAAAACUUCUCUUUCAUCAAUCCCAAAAUGCGUGUUCCAGUUCUCUCGCUUGAGGGUGAAAUCAUCACAGAGGUUCCUGCUAUUGCGACAGCGAUAUCUUCGCUCGCCCCCGAACUGCAUCUUUUAGGAGGUACAACAAUGGAGACGAUAAAAGUGUAUGAAUGGAUGAACUGGCUGAGCGGAACUUUGCAUGCUCAUGCAUUCGGCGGUUUAUUGAGACCGGAGAGAUUGAGUGAUGAAAAAGAAGCAUUGCCGGGCAUUGAGAAAAAGGGUAUGAGAAAUGCCCAAAAUUGUUUUGAUAUGAUCGAGGGAAAGUUGAAUGGCUUUUACGCAGUUGGGGGCGCAUUCACAGUCGUCGAUUCGUAUCUUUUCGUGUUUUAUCGUUGGGGAGAAGGAUAUGGUUUGAACAUGAAGAGUGUGUACCCGAAAUACACAGCGCUGGUGGAAAAUCUGGUGAAUCGUCCUUCUAUGCAGAAGGUUUUAGAGCUUGAAAAGUCGCAGGCCAAGUUAUAGAUAUUCAAAUCCUCCCAGGUAAUUCUAUCGACACUCUUGGUCAUUUAACUACAUUCGAUAAAAUGCAAUGGUAGCAUCUGCCACUGGCUGUUCGUUUUAAACGGGCGCGAAAAAUGAUAUGAAAAUCAAAAUUUCCGAUGUUUCAUUCGGGUACCUACCCAAAGCCUUUGUGCUGCGUGAGAUUCGCAUUUCACACUCCAUACAUCCUUUGUCUCAUCGCAUUCAUAUAUGAUAUUUUCGCAUGCCAACUAAUGCCAUGUUGUCGCUCGCUGGUUGUAAGCCAUUCGCCAUGAAUCGUACACACUGGUCCACCAGGUCUAAGAUGUGCUUAGAAAAAUUGGCCCAUACACACGAGCUUAAAGGCACUGAGUAUUUAGAGGUAGAAAAUAGUGUGGCUAGUCUGCGCGAUAUGGGACAACCAAUUAUUGCCAAAACCGUAUGGUAAUUUGUGAAUAGAAGAUGUGAUUGAGAAGUACAUUGUGCGGGAUGCGCGGGUUCUUUGGUGGA